AUGAAACCUUCUUCACCAUUAGAUAAUACAACACACCCAUCCUCCUAUUAUUACAACUCCAAUUCUAUUUUCACCAUAUUUUUUUUCCUUAACAAUUCAACAACAAGAAUAACUUUGGAAACCAUGAGAAGAAAGCCACGAACAACGCUCUUCAUCUUUCUACUAGCCAUUCUCGUGUUCGCAGCUUAUUCUCUUCUUCUCUCUCGUCAUGCCGUUUCCCACUGGCAACCCGAUUUCGACCUCGACGAUCUCCCAAGGAAGCUCAACGCAAAAAAUCACGUUUCCCAUAGUAUCGUUAAUAACGAGUUUCAGCAUCAAUCACGCCGCGUUUCUUCCAUCAACUUCAAACAAUCUUUCUCAUCGGUUUCCAUUUUGUUACCUGACUGGGAGAUUCUUCUUCUCGUUUCGCCCAACACGCGCUUAUCUUCUUCUUCCGAACAAUUUAACUGUCUUUUCCAGAACACUCACAUGUCUCCGGCCAGAUUCUCCGGUGUCUUACCUUUCACCAACCGUACAACGUUCAAGUGCUUCAUGCCGGAGUCAGCUCGCCGUCGGAGAAUAUAUCCACAGCCUAUGUUGGUGACUGGACAAUCAGACAAUGAAUCUCAUGAUCAACAUCCAACACCGGAGCUUCUCAGGUGGAAUUUUCUCGUCUACGAGUCGUUUUCCACGGAAGACGACGUAGUUUUGUUCGCCAAAGGUGUGACUCAUCGUCAAGGUUACGAUCUUCCUCCAAAGGAAUUCAACUGUGUUUUCCAAAUCGGAAACGGAAUUCGCACCGCCGUUACAAGCUCCGUUCAAGAGGUUUUCCGAUGCCACCAUCCAGAUCCGGCUAGUUUAGGUUCAAAUUCGAGAAUCGGAGUUUCCUUAGAGAUUAUUGGGAAAAAAAUAGUGGUUCCUUCCGUAGCGUAUUACUUACCCAGGCCCAAACCAAGGCCCAAAAUUAAGCCCAAUCAAAACGAUUUCCGCUUGCAAAUGUUUAGGUCCGAGGCCCAUUUACAGGCCCAAUUAGAAACCCAGCCGAAAUAUUUCCUAUGUGCAUGCACCAUGGUUUAUAACGUAGCGAAAUUUUUGAGAGAAUGGGUUAUGUAUCAUUCAAAAAUAGGAGUAGAAAAUUUUUUAUUGUAUGAUAAUGGAAGCGAUGAUGAUUUACAUGGAACAAUCAAAGAGCUUCGUGAUGAAGGCUAUAACAUAAGCACUUUGCUUUGGAUUUGGCCAAAGACUCAAGAAGCUGGAUUCUCACAUAGUAUUCUUUACUCAAAAUCCAAAGGGUUAUGCACUUGGACUAUGUAUGUAGAUGUUGAUGAAUUCGUGUAUUCACCAUCUUGGGGUAAUAAUAAUGAUGGUGAUGAUGGUAUUAAUGGAAAUGGGUCCCACAUAGAAGAUGAAAAUGAGGUUUUACCGUCGUUGAAAUCAAUGUUACCGCGGGAAAAUGAUGAUUAUUACAAUGGUAGAGGUGGUAAAAUUGGACAAGUGUCAAUGAUGUGUUUAGAAUAUGGGCCAUCAGGUCAACAACAACAUCCUAAAGAGGGUGUAACACAAGGUUAUACGUGUAGGAGAAAAGUGGAACAGAGACACAAAUCGAUUGUGUUGGUGGAAGCGGUUGACAAGAGUUUAUGGAAUGUAAUACAUCAUUUUGAGGUGAAUCAGAGAGAGGGGUUUAGGUCGAAACAACUAGGUCCGGAAGAAGGUUUGGUGAAUCAUUAUAAGUACCAAGCGUGGGAUGAGUUUAAGAACAAGUUUAGGAGGAGAGUUUCAGCUUAUGUUGUGGAUUGGAGACAGAAUGUGAAUCUCAAUUCUCAAGAUAGGACACCUGGGUUGGGUUUUGAGGCUGUUGAACCUAAAGAUUGGACAGAGAGGUUUUGUGAAGUUAAAGAUGAAAGGUUGAAAAUGUUGACUCGUGAAUGGUUUGGAUCGUUCACGCCUAAUGGGUAUAGAAUGGCUUGGCAAACUAGAUGA